AAACUACAAAUGUUAAUACGGAGCAACGCGGCUUAAAUAAAAAGCUAGUAACUGUGAUAAACCCUCGCCCUCUAAGCAGGGUUUUAGCUUUAGGUUCUGGAUUCCUUCACCUCAGACGACCAAAAUGGCUGUCAGGUUCCUAAUUUCAAGAACUUCACCCAAGAACCUCCACCAACUUCUGCAGCCUGCUCUCCACAAAACUUCGCCAAUUUCCCAGUUCCCUCGAAAUGUUCAUUCCAUCAUUCCCCCAGAAAAUGAUAUCUGUCCUCAAAAUUCCAGGGGCAUGGUCUCUGCCUCUGAUUACGGUUUUGAAGGAGCUGAUGACGCUGCUCUCAGCCUCGAUAAUCGCGUUCCAGCCACUGUAAUCACUGGGUUUCUCGGUUCUGGGAAGACCACGCUCCUCAAUCAUAUUCUGACAUCUCAACAUGGCAAGCGGAUUGCUGUCAUAGAGAAUGAGUUUGGUGAGGUGGACAUUGAUGGAUCAUUGGUUGCUAGCCAUUCUUCUGCUAGUGACGAUAUAAUUAUGGUUAAUAAUGGUUGCCUGUGCUGCACUGUGAGGGGAGAUCUAGUUAAAAUGCUAUUGGAGUUGGUCAAGAAAAAAAGGGAUAAAUUUGAUCACAUUGUUAUUGAAACCACAGGACUUGCUAAGCCAGGUCCUGUCAUAGAAACAUUCUGUUCUGAUGAACUAGUUUCGCGUCAUGUGAAACUGGAUGGAGUUGUUACAAUGGUCGAUUCCAAACAUGCCAUGCAACAUUUGAAUGAAGUUAAACCCAGAUUUGUGGUGAAUGAGGCAGUAGAACAAAUUGCAUAUGCUGACCGCAUUAUACUGAACAAGAUAGAUUUGGUGUCUGAGACUGAAUUACAAAGUUUGACAAAGAGAAUCAAGCAUAUUAAUGGCAUGGCUCCGAUUAGGCUGGUCAAAUAUGGGUCUGUUGACAUGGACUUUGUCUUGGGAAUAGGAGGAUAUGAUCUUGAAAGGAUUGACUCUGAAGUUCAUAUGGAUGAUAAAUGCAGUGCAUUGCAUCAACAUGAGGCUGCAAAAGAUCAUAAGGGGCAUCAUCAUCAGGAAUGUAAAUCUCAUCACGACCAUGUGCAUGAUUCUAGUGUCUCUAGUGUCAGUAUUGUCUCCGAGGGAACUUUGGAUCUCGAUGAGGUAUCUGAUUGGCUUGAAAGACUAAUUGAAGAAAAUAGCGAGGACCUGUACAGGAUGAAAGGUGUCUUAUCGGUGGCUGAUUCUGAUCAGCGUUAUAUUUUUCAGGGUGUGCAUUCUCUGUUAGAUGGGUGUCAUGGAAAGCCGUGGGGAUCUGAUGAAAAGAGAAUAAACAAGCUUGUGUUCAUAGGAAGAAAUUUGAAUGAAAAUUCCCUUAGAAAAGGUUUCAAAGGUUGUCUAACUUGAAAUAUUGAAGCAUACUUUGGUAAGAAGGGAUUAUUCAGAGAUCCUGAAGCUCAUACUCCACCUCUUCUACACACUCCUUUAAAUAAGGAGUGACUGAAUUUUUUAGUCUGUAAUAUGUUGAUGGAAAGAUUAAAAGAAACGUUGAUAGGUUUUUUUAUUUAAAAAAGGCCAAGUAUAGACAAUUUUGGAUUUUUUUUAUAUGAAAUAUUAAGUAUUAAUUGAUGUAUGCUGGUUUGUUUCUGGAUUGUUAUUAAGGUUUGAUUCAUAUC